UUAUCGCUGGCCAGAAGCGUGAUACCGUUGAUGCGCGCGUAAGGGACCAGAGCAAAGAGGCCGAGUCGCGCGCAACCGUUUUUGAGGGGUUUUUUGUGGCGUUCGAAGAGAGAAGAACCGUGCCGUGAGUUCAAAUCAAAUGAAAAUAAAGGAAAAAGUGUGAUUUAAGAAUGAAAUUUUGAUGCCUUGGUGCUUGACAAAAGGAUUUCAAGUUGGAUAAAGUGAAAAUUUAGGGAAGAAAUUUGAAGUUGUGAGUGGUGGAUUCGGGAAACUGUGACCAGAAGUGCCUGUAAAAUGUGAUUUUGUUAACACUAUCCCGACACGGAUUGCGGAGUAUUUUUUCGUUGUUGCUUUUCUCGCAAGUUGACGCACUAUAUCAUUCUUUCGGUUUGAGGCAGCAGACAAAACACAACCACAGAGAGCUGGGUCAGAGAUAUACAACAUGCCUAGUACGGUUUGAUGCCGUAUUUAGAAACGGGGCGGCAUUUCGAUGUUGUUGGUGUUGUGUGCACUACAUUAUUUUGCUCUCGGCCAGAAGAAAUAGUGUAGCAUAAAAGUGCCAUACGUAUCGGGACUUUUCCCACAGCAGAGUGUAUGUAUUUAUGGCAAAUGCGACAUAUUCGUCCGCUUCUAUAGUGAUGUAUAUAUCAUUUGUAUACGAUUUCGUACAAAGUUUUCUUCGUCCGAGCCCGAGAAGGUAAUGAGAAGACGUAGUUAGUGGUGUGUACAUCGACGACAACGUCGUAUUUAUGUAAGAAAGUCCGUGUCCGUCGUCCGCAGCAAGGAACAUAAAAAUAAAUUCAAUGAAAAUUAUUCUAAACGAGUGAAUUUUCGCUAGACGACACAUACGCCAAGAGUGCUGUUUCAACAUGAAUAAUUAUAAUCGAGAAAUUCCUUCGAUUCGCUCGUUUGCAAAUAUGGAGACGCUCGUGUGCGAGGAAAAAUAAAACAAGUCAUUAAUUUCCAUCCCGUCCUCCCCGUACAAUAAUUUUCCUUGGGAGGAAAAACGGAGACGUCCUCAGACACCGUCAAUGCCCUUCCCGAAGAACCAGAGCCAACUCCCGGAAGGGGGCGGUGAAGCCAAUACAGAGUGUCACUAUAGACAAUCUCUGUGCACGACGAAGCACUACACGAAUUACACGGUCGGAAGGAAUCGAAUUAAAAAUAAAAUGCCCAGAUUAAUUACCGUCACCGACGACGACGACGACGAUCAGCUCAUGGUGACUUCACGGUGUUGUAGAAACAACAAUCUCCACCGACACAGGCAAUCGCUGCAGCGGCGGUCCAAGAUGAUGCUGUGGGUAGCAGCAGCCGCAGUGAUCUUGGGUCUGACAGCCGCUGCGGGUUCGACGGCUGCUGCCAAAGUCCCCGGUGGUAGCAAUAGUGCCAAUGAACAGCUGCUGUCGUUGCUGGCGGCAGCGGCCGCGGCCAAUGGUGACGACGACGAUGACGCCGGACCGUCCGAAGAUGACGGAGCAUUGCUGGCAUCGAUGAUUAACAACUUUAUGCCCGGCAAUGGCGGCAACAUUGCUGCCGCGGCCGGUGGAGACUGUCCCCGGCAAUGUUCCUGCCUCGGCAAUGUUGUGGAUUGUUCCGAGAAGGGACUGAAGCGGCUGUUUCCGCUGCCGACGUGGGUGGAGAACCUGGAGCUAUCGGCUAAUCGACUUGGAGCGGACCAGGUUCAGACGCAGGUGGCCAACCUUAGCAAAUUACAAGUACUCAAUCUUAAUCACAACAACCUUGGCCGGAUACCGAACUUUCGAGGCCUGAACAAACUACUAAGGUUACUGCUGGCCAACAAUGGUAUCGAUUCGAUCGAGCUGGAAGCGCUUCAGGUUCUGGCCAGCCUCAGGGUUCUGGAUCUUUCGCGAAACAACAUCAAAGACGUUCAGUUCCUAUCGUUUCCGGCCAAGAAUAACUUGCAGUUCCUGAAUCUGAAUUUCAACAAGCUGACCGUCCUAGGCAAGGGAACUUUCCAGAGACUUUCCUCGUUGAAAAGAUUGGAAAUCAACAGCAAUCUCAUCGAGGAGGUCCAAAGUUUGACCUUCCAGAACCUGAACCAGGUUAAAAGUCUUAAGAUGAACAACAACCGCAUUACAAACCUUCUGGAUGGCGUUUUCCACGGCUUUACCACGAUUACUACCCUGGAACUGAACAACAACAGCAUCACCAGCAUCCGGAAGGGAGGACUGUUCAACCUGACGAGUCUGACCAAUUUGGCCCUGUCCAAGAAUGCCAUUUCGGAAAUCGAACAAGACGGAUGGGAGUUUGCGCCAAGGCUGGUCACCCUGGAUCUGUCCCACAAUCGUCUGGAGUCACUGGAUAAAAACACCUUCGAAGAGCUGUCGCAGUUGAGGUCUCUUAAUCUGGAAGGUAACCAGAUUUCCGCCAUUGGUGAGGGAACGUUCAACAGCAGCAAGAAUCUUGAGGAACUGAAUUUAGGCUUCAACCGAAUUUCCUGGACCAUUGAGGAUAUGAGGGGACCCUUUUUCGGAUUAGCUAAACUGGAGAAACUGUACUUGAACUCCAACGAAAUCAAAUCCGUAAGCCGGAACGCGUUUAUUGGACUUAAAUCGUUAACGCUGUUGGAGCUCAGCCAGAACAACAUUUCGUCGAUCCAGAGCAACGCCUUUAAGGAUACUGUUCGACUGACGAAUCUGAUCAUGAACUCGACCAAUCUGCUGUGCGAUUGCAAUCUGGCCUGGUUCUACGCGUGGAUCAAGGAGCGGCAAGAUAUCUUCCAGCUGGAUGCUGAAUGUAGUUAUCCGAUUUGGCUGAGGGGUCAGCUGAUCCGGAGCCUGAGCGCGUCCAACUUUUCAUGCUACGACUCCCCGAAGCCGCACCUGAUCGACGAACCGAAAUCGCAGCUCGGAAUCCGUGGAACGAACGUUACGCUCAGCUGCACCGCCACCAGUACCGCAGCCGACGUGAUGUCCUUCAAGUGGAAACACGACAAUCUAGAGUUGCCGGACAGUGCUUUUACCGUGCGACAAAUCAACAACCAAAAUGGAACUGUUGGCAGUACCGAUUUGACGAUUCCUUAUAUUCAGGAUGCUGGUGCCGGAAAAUAUCAGUGCAUCAUAACCAAUGGGUACGGGGUGGUUUACUCGCAGAAGGUUAAGGUGACGGUCGCAACUUAUCCCAAGUUCAGGAAGACUCCGGAGAAUAUUAGCGUACAGUCGGGGAAGAUGGCCCGGUUGGCUUGCUCGGCUGUUGGGGAUCCGAAGCCGCAAAUAGCUUGGGAAAAGGAUGGGGGCAAUGAUUUUCCGGCGGCUAAGGAGCGAAGGAUGCACGUGGUACCGGAUGAGGAUGCGUUCUAUAUUGUGAAUGCUCAGCUGGUGGACAUGGGGAUUUACACUUGCACCGCGGAGAACCCUGCCGGGGUGAUCCGGGCCAGUGCCCAGGUUGAGGUGUUUGAGUCACCGACAUUGCUGAGACCGCUGGAAUCGAAGAGUGCCGAGUUUGGCAAGACGUGUGUUCUGGAGUGUUUGGCUUCCGGUUAUCCGAAGCCGAUGAUUCACUGGUUUAAGGAUGGAGAAACGAUUCUGGUGACGGAGCGACAUUUCUUCACGGCUGAGAAUCAGUUGUUGAUCAUUGUUGAGGCUGAUUAUGAUGACGCUGGAGACUAUGAGUGUCGGUUGGAGAAUGAGUUCGGAAGUGAACGGGGAUCGAUGAAGCUGAGUGUUAUCGAGGGACCGGAAAUGAUCCAUGAGGUUUUCGGGAAUGGAGUUAGCGAUAAAGUUUACACUGGUCAUGUUAUGCAGAAUAGGGACGUUAUAGCGAUCAUUGUGAUUACGGUGAUUUGUUGUGCGAUAUUGACUUCGUUGAUAUGGCUGGUGAUUAUGCAUCGAGUUCGGAAACAGAAUGGAGGGAAUCGAUCAAAUAGCUCCGGCAUGAGUGGAAGAGAUAUGGAUUUGAGUUCUAAUAUGGAGGCGAAUCAGGAGAAUUUGAUUGUUCGAAGUGGAGUGGAGAUUUCGACAACUCCUGCGGGAUAUUUGGAGUUUUUGAUUCCAAUGGUUCCUAAUGAGGCUACAACCAAUGUGGAUGACGAUGAUGAAAAUGCUAAUUUGACGAAUCGCUGCUACUAUACAGUGGUUCCAAAAGUGCCACCGAAGCCGCGUCGAAGGGCCGAAGCCGAAUCUGAUGACAUGGAUGAUGAUCUAUCGUCGAAGGAUUCGGGCACAGGAGGAGAUUGUGGCUCGGCAACUGGUUCCACGAACGCUCACCGACACAGUCACGAUGACCUGAAAUGUCUGCUCCAAUCGUUGAACCGAAAGUCUGUUAAUCUAGCAGGAGACGGUGAUCAGUUUGCUUCCUACGACGAUAUCGAUCCGGAUGCAGAUCCACGUAUUGAACCACCGCCUCCAAUACCUCCGGUUAAUGCAACAUCGGCCAUUCUGAUCAAAACUAACCCGGAGAAGAUCGUGUACGGUGAUGAUCUGCCUCCUCCACCUUCGAUUGUCUCUCGAAUGGCAACGUCGCAAACUUUCCCCACCUUCAUCCAUCCAUCCUCGAAUACGCCCUCUUCAUUGGGGGCUUCAUCGAUGGAGGCUGCAGUGAGUAGUCAACAACAACCCCAACCGCAGUACCCCCCGAAUCAAGUACAGGUCAACAAGCUGUACCAAUUGCUCAUCGAAAACCCUCGGCUGCUCGAGAAGCCGGCCAAAUAUCGUAGCAAAUCGAUGGAUGUCGAAGAACAUCAAUCCAGCAGCGGAUUCGUCGAUCAGGAGACGUCCGGUAUUAGUAGUAGUGGUACGCUCAGUAGAGAAUUGGAUCAGAGAGUUGACAGCUGCAGUAGUAGAAGUAGCAUUUGUCCAGGUGAAACAGAUUUGAGAGAAGCUGUGAGGUAAGACUAGAUCGGGAUAGUUGGCAAAUUAUUUGUCGAGGAAUUUUUUUGAAACGGAAUGAAAAAACCUAAAAAUAAUAACAAAACCAAUUAACAACAUUCCAGUAUUCCUCAAAAUUGGAAUUAUCCAUUGGAUCCAACCUCCUAUAUGAAUCUAGUCUCAAUUUUUUUAUCAGAAACAUACGGUCAAACCAAAAGAAUUCUACAUAGCAAAUUCCUUACCAGCUUCUCAAACAAGUUCAAGUCAGUACCCCAUCUGAGAUAGUCUACACUACCAAAUGCAACCCGAUAGAUAAAUAGAUGUUUAUUGUAGAAUCUUCGUGAUUUACAUUCAAUGACAGUUACACAUAGUACAGAGUUAGUCAGAUAGGAAGUUCACCUUAUAAACUUACAUAAAUCUACUCCGAACAAGCCAGAAGUAACCAUUUUGAUUUCGAAUUUCCCUUCAAAAUAUAGUGUAUCAUUCACGAACAAGUCAUAAUAUAUUGUAGUUUUCUUUAGUUUCUCUAACUUAUCUGCAGUAUCAAGUACAAGAAUUGCAAUAUUAAUAAGUUGCAAAAGAAAUAGAUAAAUAAAACUUCAACAGAGUUCCUUGUUAGUUUAUGAUAUGAUAGUAAAAUGUGUGAGAAUAGGGUUAUAUUUUUUCUGGUGUGCGUGUGUGUGGUUUGCAACCUCUCUCUGAUCCAUUCUUGAGCGUUCAGCUCCUAGGCGUGACAUGUCAAGAUCAAUCUUUUACUCAUAAAAUUUCAAAGUCCACUCUUACCCAUUACAUGAUGAUCGAAAGAAUAGAAGAAACCAAAUAAUGACAAUUUUUCCCCUUAGCGUUUAGCUGUCCAUUUUCCAUAAUCGCGAAAACUACUCAACUAAAAAAGAAGUGAUUUGUUACCCUCUAGUAGUUUUAAUAAAUUUAACAUCUAAAAACAAAGGCGUGAUUGAUAGAUUAUACUUAAUCGAUAGUCGAUUGUUCAUUGGAAUUGUGUCUUAUUCAACUGCAAAAAAAGCGAAGCGUGUUUUAACUCUUUUGUAUUGUAACAAAAAGAACGACUAAAAUUUUCGGAAAAAAAGGACCAACAACCGGAAAUUGUAAAACGACAAAUACUAACGCCCUGAGCAGAGCGCGUUUGAGCUUGUCGAGAAACAUUGCCUUACGGAAAAGGACUGAAAUUGAUUUCGAUCGUGUGCCUACUUAUAAUUACUAUGUAUUCGUAACACUCUACACACACGGGAACCAUUUUAAGUCAGUUAUGCUUGCCUUUUAAGUGAGUUUGCCAAGUUUAGAGACGGAACUAUAAAUAUUUAUACUUAAGAGGUUAACAUGAAUAUUUUUUUAAAAUGAAAAUGCUUCCUAAGAGACACAAAAAGUGUAGAUAAAAAUCCACCCGCCACUAAAACAACAUAAAAUUAUUAACCCCGGAAAUUGAAACUAUAUUGAAAACUAUAUUAAGAGCGAUAAUUUAGCUAAGCAUUGACACUGUGAUUUUGUUUUCUUGUUUUAUUUUCAUUAUUUAGUUGUGUAGGAUAGAUAAUUUAAGGUUUUGAGUUUCGUUUCGCUUUGAAAAAAAACCAACAUUUGGCUUAGAUUCUUUAUAACAUUUAGCAGAGGAAGCACAAACAUGCAACAGAUUAAACCUAACUUUUGUUGACGAUUGUGACUAUUUUCGUUUUGUUUAAAGCUGAUUUUUUUGAACAAUUUUUUUUUUAUAACAUUGCUUUAAAUUUAGAUUUUGAACAUUAAAAUUUUUGAUUUUAAUUCACCAAAUUUUAAUUAUUUGCAAAAAAAUUAUAAACUAAAUUCUGUUGCACGGCUUCCUAUUGCGGUUCCUUACAUUAAAGAUGAAUUUUGGAAAACUUCCUUCUUCUAGAAAAAAAAUCGUUUUAAAUAUUGGAAAACAAGUGCCGUAUUAAUUUAAGGUUCGGCUGUUCGAAUCGAAUUCAUUUAACUAAAUUAGCGAAUCAAAAUUAAAGUAAAAGUUGCCUUUCUCUCACCUUGUUAUCUACUCACCCCCAGAACAAUGUUCUUAAAAAUAAACUCUAUGCCGACAACAUUGAACAUAAACCUUCAGUGGAUCAAUUAUUCACAGAAUAUAAUAAAUACAAAACAAAUCAGUAUUCGCCGUUAGUUUCUGCUACAAUAGACCAAAAAUCUUUACACAGUACCGAGAGUGAAAUCUCAAACCAACUCAAUCAAUAAUAACAAAAAAAUCAUCAAUCAAACCGCCCCGCGAUGUACAACUGUGCACAUAAAUUUGAAGCACUCGCCCGCCCACUUAAGUUAUUUAUUUAUUUGCAACUAACCCAUACAUAAACUAGAUGAAUAGUAAAUUCAAACACAAACAAAACCAAAACAGUAUACGAAAAUGAGCAGUACAUACAUAGAAAUACAGAACAUAAAUUCGAAAUAGUUCAGCUACUUUACAUCACAACCACUCGCUUAGUUUGUAAAGACCAGGAUAAAAAUUUGGCAGAAUCGAACACAAAAUUAUACAAGUUUGUCUAAGAACAGUUAAAAACAUUUAUAAACUACUCUUAGGUCAGUUACAAACCGACAGUUUUAAAUACAAUACAAACAGAUGGAGCUAUGUGUAAAAAUAUAGACUAUAGAAAGUCAACUAAAAUACUACCAAAAUCAGAAUAUUAUACAGACAAUUUCCCCUAUGUAAAUAUAUAAACCAACAACUCUAUUUUCUCUCGUUGAGAAGUCCGUCUAUCUUCAUACAACACCUUAAGAUAAUGUCUAAAUUAUUUGACCAACAGUAACAAAAUAAGGGAUGAAGAAAAAAAAACAAAUGUGAUUUCGAAGACGAAUAUACUAAAGCCUUUUUUUUUUUAUUGGUCGUUCGGUCUUGUUUGUGCGAAUGCGAAACUUUAUAACACAAUAAAAUGAAAUUGGAAAUAAUAUUUUAAAAUUAUUCA